AUGUGCGUGGCGCAUGCGCGCUGGCGAGGCGGGCGGCUGCCCAACGCCUGUAGUCGCCAGUACUCGCCAGCCGGCGACCACACUUAUCAUCGGAGGUUCGGCGUGAGCGCGCCUCUUGUACCGCGCGAAAAUCUACAGCUAAUAUUAGCAUGCGACUGCGUGAGUCCGCCGCUACGGAGUCGCUCAGUCCGCUUGAAUCGCUCCGCUGAACGCUGUACACUCGCGCGGAGUACGGGCGAGGUCGCGCAGGGCGGGCGGCGCGCGCCGGUGCGCCCCGGGCACCCUGUCUCACAAUACACUACCCACCACACGCACAAAAGGACGUGUUCCCAAGUGACACGCGAUUAA